AAAUAAGUGGUGGGAGUAGAGACGAAGUGAGUAAGUCGUUGGAGCUUGUUUCUCUGCAACUUCGUCUGCUGUCGUUACUGCUUAGAAUUCUAUACUCAUUCGGUGUCGUCCCUUCUUCCUUUUACUUUACUCUCUUUCCUUACUCCAUUGAAAUGACUUCUAAAAAUCUAUCUUCAUCUUCUACCUAACUAGUAUCUUCUGCGUUAUCAUCAACUAUAACUUCAUCAAUCUACCGAGUCGAUGAACAAGACUUGAAACUCAGUAGUGUUACACCCACACUAAACCGCAGACCAAUGGAUACAUCCCCUUCUCCAUCUCCAACCUCUACAUCUGCACCUGCUUUAGUUCUGUCCAAUUCUGGUAAACGUAUUGACCAAGCAGGCAAGAAAAAGUAUGUGAAGCAGGUAACUGGUCGCCACAAUGAUACUGAGUUGCACCUAGCUGCUCAACGUGGUGAUUUGGAAGCGGUAAAGCAGAUUUUGGGUGGGCACAUUAAUUCGCAGAUUGGUGACAAUCUAAGUGGAGCUGAGCUUGAAGUGGAGGCUUCUGAAGUAAGGGCGUUGGUGGUGAACGAGGUUAAUGAGUUGGGAGAGACUGCACUCUUCACGGCUGCUGAGAAAGGACAUCUUGAUGUGGUAAAAGAACUGCUGAAGUAUGCCAAUAAGGAUACACUUACUCAGAAGAAUCGAUCUGGGUUUGAUCCUUUGCAUGUUGCUGCUAAUCAGGGACACCUUGCAAUUGUGCAAGUGCUUUUAAACCAUGAUCCUGGGCUAAUAAAGACAAUCGGACAAUCAAAUGCAACUCCUCUAGUAUCAGCUGCUAUAAGGGGACAUACAGCUAUAGUUAAUGAGCUUCUUUCAAGAGAUGGUAGCUUGGUGGAUAUAUGCAAAUCCAAUGGAAAAAACCCACUGCAUUUUGCUGUUCGUCAGGGCCAUGUGGACAUUGUUAGAGCAUUGCUUGAGAAGGAUCCCAUGUUGGCUAGGAAGACUGACAAAAAAGGUCAAACUGCUUUGCAUAUGGCAGUGAAAGGGAAUAACUGUGAGGUUGUGAGAGCGCUUCUUGAUAAAGAUGCUGCUAUUGUCAUGCGCACUGACAAGUUUGGUAAUACAGCUUUACAUGUGGCUACCAGGAAGAAGCGUGCAGAGAUAGUAAAUGAGUUGUUACAGCUUCAAGAUAUCAAUGUGAAUGCACUAAAUAGUCAGCACAAAACUGCUCUUGACAUAGCUGAAGACCUUCCCCUCUCUGAAGAAGCUUCUGAAAUUAAGGCUACCUUAGUUAGCUUUAAUGCUCUCCGAGCUAAUGAAUUGAAUCAACCAAGGGAUGAAUUGAGAAAAACUGUAAAUCAGAUUAAGAAAGAUGUUCAUUUGCAGCUUGAACAAACCAGAAGAACAAACAAAAAUGUCAGUGGAAUUACCAAAGAGCUGAGGAAGCUCCAUAGAGAAGGCAUCAACAAUGCCACUAACUCCGUAACUGUAGUAGCCGUUCUUUUCGCAACCGUUGCUUUUGCGGCUAUAUUUACAGUCCCCGGUGGUGACGAUGACAACGGGGUGGCUGUAGCCUCUAAGACAGCUUCAUUCAAAAUUUUCUUCAUCUUCAACGCAACCGCUCUGUUUACGUCUUUGGCUGUUGUGGUAGUUCAGAUCACACUUGUCCGAGGUGAAACGAAAGCGGAGAAGCGUGUUGUGGUUGUUAUCAAUAAAUUGAUGUGGUUGGCAUCAGUGUGCACCUCAGUUGCUUUCAUGGCAUCUUCUUACAUAGUUGUUGGACGACACCAUAGGUGGGCUGCAACACUCAUUACGGUUGUAGGGGGUGUGAUAAUGGCUGGAGUUUUGGGCACCAUGACCUACUAUGUAAUAAAAUCAAAGCGUUGCCGGUCCAUGAGAAAAAGAGAUAGAAGUGCAAGGAGAAGCGCGUCUAAUUCAUUUUAUCAUUCAGAAUUCUCUAAUUCAGAACCUGAUCGGUUUUACGCCCUCUGACGUGUCUUCCUGCUGAUAGUGAGGAGUCUGAUUCGGAUAAAUAGUCUUUCUAAAAGCCUCCAACACAGCAGAACUCGAUAACUGAGCCGUAAACUCUAUCAAUUCAUGGAUGGCUGUCUGUCGAGAGUUAAAAGAGUGGACGAGGUUACAUCUUACACGAGCAGUUUGCUGAGAAAGCCCGUCUUGAAUCUGGUAAAUAUUUUAUGUUGAUAAUGCAAAGAAUAGUUUGUAAUUUCUGAAGGUUCUGGAUCAUUAAAUUGAAGGUUGAUUACUGUAUCAACUUGAGCUGUAGACGAGAUGUGACGAUGAUCAUUGUAGUAUCAUCUUGAGCUUUUAGAUGCCUA